AUGGACAACCGUGUGAAGACGGUCAUUGAGCGGGAGGAAGAGCGGAGGCGGGUGAACGUGGAGCUGCGGGAACGGUACCGGCGGGUGCUUCGACGAACGGUGCUGUCGUUCGACAGUCCUGGACGGGAGCGGGUGGUGUACGAGAACGAGAAGAUGAUCGACCGGGUGCAGGAGGAGCUGGACGGGCGGGUGAGGUACAUGGAGCAGGUUGCGAAGGCGUUGCAGGACCGGGUGGAGCACACGGAGGAGCGGAUGGCCCGGAGUGAGACGGACAAGGUGCAGCAGCGGGUGGAGCUGCUCAACCAGAAGAUCCGCAUUCUGGAGGCGACGGUGCGGCACAUAGUUUCCCGGAAUGCAUGA